AUGGAAGGGUCUGGGGACGACACCGACGCCCUAUGCCGUAAACGGAAGUGGAUGGAAUCGCCUGCAGACGAUCCUGCGGCUAUGGCAAGCGGCAGUGAUGGAGAUCAGAAAAUACGAUUCCAAGAUGCUGUGUGGUUCUUGGAGGUUUUGAAGGAGAACCUUGAUGAUGACAAGUAUCAAGAAUUCCUGAAGACCAUAAAGGAUAUGGGCUCUCAAAGAAUCGAUCCAGCUGAGUGUUUCAAAAGGGUGAAAGCGUUGCUUCAAGGGCAUCCCGACUUGAUCCUUGGGUUUGACAACUUCAUGCCAAAGUGCUGGCGCCGGAUGGAGCCUUCGACAUUUGAAAAGAAGCCAAACUAUAACGAUGCCUUAGCUUUUGUUUACAAACUGCGAAAUCGCUUCUCGAAUAAUGACGAGAGGUAUAGGUCUUUUUUGUAUACCCUGAGCAUGAUUUGGACUGAGCACAAGUCCCUCGAUGAAGUAUUCGAAGAGGUAAUGGUGCUAUUUCAGGAUGACAAUGACUUGCUUGAAGAGUUCUGUCGUUUCAUACCUUUUGGUUCAGAAAGAUUACCUUCUCAUCAUGUGUCAUCUGUUGGACCUUUGAGGCACCACGAUGAAGGGAAACCAACAUAUACGAAUGAUGCUCAAGGUGAAGAGUUGCUUCAGAAGAAACAAAUAUGCAAUUCACAUGCUGAAGGUGAAUUGAACAAUGAAUUGCAUGACCUAGAGCACAACAAGAGAAGAAAACACCUUCAGAGAAGUCACAAGGAUCGGAGAGAGUAUGAGUCAGCCAAAAUGGACAUGGAGCAUGAAAAGGAUUUGAACAAUAUGCUGCUGCAGAGAGGUGAAGAAACUCUUUCUCUUCAAGGCCAUCAAGCUAGACUAAUCAUGGAAAAGGAGUCUUUCAUGGAUGUGGACCUUGAAAGAGAUGAUAUCAAGAAUGUAAAAUUGUCCAAGAGUGAUAGGAAUAUAGAAGGGAAAAGGCUAAUUAAAAAGGGCCCUUCUUCUAAAGAUGCAGAUGCUUCUGGAAAUAAUUUUUCUAGAGAAAAUGAAAAAUGUGAUCUCAGAAGAGCAGAUUCAGAGCUAGAUCUCUCAAACUGUCAGCGUUAUGCCUGUAGUUACUGCUUUCUUCCUAAGAAUUAUCCAGUACCUCCAGCAAGCGGCAUGACUGAGCUUGGUGCAUCUGUCUUGAAUGUUCAUCUGGUAUCUGUUACUUUUGGAAGUGAGAAUUGUCCUUUUAAGUUUACACGCAGGAACAAGUAUGAAGAAUGCUUAAAUAGAUGUGAGGAUGAUAGGUUUGAGCUGGAUAUGUGGUUAGAGAUUGCAACUUUAACUGUCAAGAGAGUGGAGGAGUUACUAGAGAAAAUCCACUCUCACAAAAUUGAGCCGGAAAUCAAUAUUCGAAUUGAAGACCACUUUACUUCUCAAGACUUGAGAUGUCUAGAACAGUUGUAUGGUGACUAUGGACUGCAUGUUGUUGAUAUUCUACGUGAGAACGUGAGUGCUUCAUUGCCUGUCAUAUUGACUCGUUUAAAGCAGAAGCUAGAGGAAGGGUUAAGAAUGCGAGCAGACCUUCAAAAUGAUUGGGCUGAAGUUUUCGUCAAGAACCAUUCAAGAGCACUUGACCACCGUAGGUUCUAUUUUAAGCAGCAAGAUCCAAAGACCCUGAGUUUCAAAGCUUUGUUGGCUGAAUGUAAACUACUAAAUGAGAAAAUGGAUGAGAACAAUCAUCUCAAGAGUGCUGCUGGGAAUGGACAUAUUAUAUCUAAUAUGGUAUUUGAAUAUACAGACACAGACAUCCAUGAUGUACUGUACAAAAUUAUUGCGUUAUCAAGUGUUGAAAAUUGCACCUCAAAGGAUGAGCUGGACAAGAUCAUGAAGGUAUGGACAACAUUUGUGGAGCCAAUGUUUGGAGUUUUUUCACGGCUCCAGGACACUGAAAUUAACAAAGAAACUAUGAAACAUGGUUAUAAAGGUAGUGUGUCAUCCUCAUGGCAAAGCCAUGGUGCUCCUUGUGCUAGAGGUUUUUCAACACAUCUCAAAUCUGGUUGCCUUUUCAACCCAUCUGUUCCUCAACUUGGAAAAGAAAAUCUUAAGAAUUUUGAGGGAUCUCAGAAUCGUAAGUCUAUUGCGCACAGGACAUGUGGUGAACAACUAGAAAUUUUUGAUGAAGUUUAUCAAUACAAUGAACUUGCUGCCAUUUGUAAUUGUGAAGAUGGAAGAGAAGAUGGUGAAUUGUCACCUGAAGUACAUUUUGAAGAGAAUAGCCUUUUAGAUCUUGAAGGUACUGUGAUUGACAAAGUUGAAGUUAAGGAUGGUCCAGAAGGCAAACAAUAUCAAGUAUGUCCUGGAGAAUCGAUGUGUGAUGUUGAGGCUGAGGCGAAGACCAAAGUGGAUGAUGUUGAUGCUGUUGUAGAUGCAUCUGAGACAGUUGUAGAUGCAUCUAACAAUCAAUGUGAUGAUGUUGGUUAUGAUGUCCAGGAAUCCUCUCAUGAACAUGAUGGGGAAGAGGAAGGUAUAGAUCAUGACACCAAGAGUGACGAAAUGUCUGUUUUAGACAUUUUUGAGGGAAUUUGUCAUCCAAAAAUGACAAAACCUCUUACUGAGCGUGCACCUAGAGUAUUACAUCACAAAGACAGACGAUCAAGGAUCUUCUAUGGCAAUACUUCAUUCUAUUUGCUCUUUAGAUUUCACCAGAUAUUGUAUGAGAGGAUACUCUCUGCUAAAACCAAUUCAUCAGCAGCUGAGAUACAAUUGAGAACACUGAAGAAUACAGGCCUUCCUAGUUUUUACGCCAAAUUUAAAGAAUCACUUUACAGAUUUCUUAACCAUUCUAUUGAUAAAUCAAAGUUUGAAGAUGACUGCUAUACUUUUGUUGGGCCUCAAUCAUAUUUGCUUUCUACAUUGAACAUUUUGAUAUCUAAACUCGUGAAACAGCUACAAGCAGUUGCAUCAAAUGAGAUGGACAAUAGGUUUUUUCAGCUCUAUGCAUAUGAAAAUUCAAGAGGACCAGGGAGAUUCAGUGAUUUGGUUUAUCUCCAAAAUGCUUGUGUCAUUCAUGAUGGGGACAUUUUCCGAUUUGAAUGUUCUCUAAACCCUACACGGUUAUCAAUCCAGUUGGUGGAACAUGCCUGUAAAGAAAGUGACUCAACUAAUAUUUCUCCAGGCUCUGAUUUUGCAGAUUACUUGUAUAAUGGUUUCCUUAAAAGUGUUCCAGAUAUAAAGGAAAUGAGCAAUGUUUUUCUACGGAGGAAUAUGCGUAAGUGUAAUUGUGAUGAUGAACAUUCUGCAACUUGCGAGGCCAUGAGUAAGAUUCAGAUGAUCAACGGUAUUAUAUGUGCUAGGCACAGAAGAUUUCUUGUUCCGCAGGUGGAAGAACAGGAAAUUGUCGGAUGGUAUAGGCUCCCUUACACAUGUACCCGGCAAGAGUAG